ACAUGAGGAUGUGGAGCCUUAAGAGCCUGCUGAUCACCCUGUGCAUUGCUCUCAGCUGUGUGAGGCAUGCAGCAGGGUUGAUCCAUGUGUCUGGAUAUGAAGGGGGUGAAGUUAAUGUUUCUUGUCGGUACGGACAGGGUUAUGAAUCUUACGAGAAGUACCUGUGCAAGAAUGACUGUGGCGACAGUGAUGUUCUUAUUACGACAACAGAAGCAAAGAAGCACAGAUACUCCAUCUAUGAUGAUAAACACAGACAAGUCUUCAUAGCGACCAUCUCCGAUCUAAGUCGUACAGAUGCUGGGAAAUACUGGUGUGGGGUGACAAGGACUGGUAAGGAUCUCUACACUGAAGUGAAGCUGGAAGUAGGACGAGAAUGGUGCUGCGUGAAGUCGAACAAACUGAGAGGCAUUGUGGGCCAACCCGGAACUAUGCAGUGUCCAUAUCCACCACAACAUAGGCAUAACAGGAAGUUCCUCUGUAAGGGAGACCACCGCAACAACUGUACAGACAUGGUGACAAGUCAGAGCAGGUUCACGCUGCAAGAUGACGUUCCUUCCAGCUCUUUCACGGUGCUGAUCACGGAGCUGAGAGCAGGGGAUGCUGGGACAUACUGGUGUGGUUCAGACCCACAGUGGACUGCUGCGAACUACACACAGAUUCAGCUGUCACUAGGCUUUUCACAGCAGACCAGCACUGUGAGAUCUACCAUCACUGUGGUGGAACCUGUUGCAUCACAAUCAACACCAGUCCCUGGACAACAGAUCAAACCACGUGUACACCCUGUGGUUUUCGCCGUGCCCGCUGUGCUGCUCACACUGACGUUUGCUCUGGUCGUGGUUUAUAAAUACAAGUGUUCCAAAGUGCGAGGAGCUGGAGCCAACAUGAACAGAGACAACACCAAGGCAGCCGUAACAGAGGAAGUGAUAGGAGGAGUAGAUCUUUAUGAAAAUCAAGGCAUAGCACUGUCGAAGCAGAGGACCUCCAAACUGCAGAGUGCCUGUCAGCACUAUGAUGAUGUGGGCGAUGCCGAAGAAGAGUGUGACUACCAAAACUUCUCAACAGAUGACAUCUACUGUAAUGACUUUGUCAUUAAAGCCAAUAGGAGAUAAACAUCAUGCACAUCUGCAUUUUUAGGUUACAUUUGUACCUGAAUGAUGCUGUUUUUUUAUUGUCUCAGUUAAAAGCUAACAAACACAUUAUUACAGCUGACUCUAACCUUUUCAUUGUCUAACUGAAAACUACAGUAAUAUAAUUACUUGCACAGAUUUGUUUUAUAGUUACCAUCAUAUAUAUCAUUUAUUAAUACUUUAUUUUUACACUUUUUAUUACCUUCACACUCACUAUUGUGAUUUUUUUUAAUAUAACUUACCUCCACUCCUUAUAAACAUUUUACCUAAAUAUCCCAAAUGUAAGUAACCUUCCUGUUUAUUGUAUAUAUCUUAAAUAAAAGUGAAUAAAUAAAUA